UUGUGACGCUUGCACUGGGCCCGGGGGCGGGGGGACACAUGGAUACAGUGAGAGGUGGUGUCCAGUGACCGGUGUACUUGUCCCCCGGACCCUCUCCAGAGACUUCACGGAGCUGAAGCUUCCUGAACUCGCUCCCAGGAGCAGUGCCCCAAACCAGCCCAGAGAGACCCCUGUCCUGCUGCCUUGAUGACGACACCGCCGUGUCCCAUCUCGGCUCAGGCUGUCCAGCAGCCCACCGUCCACAGCCUCUCCCAGAUAACCGGCAGUCUGUACCUUGGCAAUGGUGCGGCAGCCAACAGCAAACUCAUGCUAUCUGCUCACCACAUCACCACCGUCGUCAAUGUGUCCAUGGAGGUGGCCGACGUGUUCUUCGAAGACAUCCAGUACGUACACGUGCCGGUGGCGGAUGCUCCCACCUCGCGCCUCUAUGACUUUUUUGACCCUAUCGCGGAUCAGAUCCACAGCGUGGAAAUGAAGCAGGGCCGAACGCUGCUGCACUGCGCCGCGGGGGUGAGCCGUUCUGCCGCUCUCUGCCUUGCCUACCUCAUGAAGUACCGCUCCAUGUCGCUGCUGGACGCCCACACGUGGACCAAGUUGUGCCGCCCCAUCAUCCGGCCCAACAGCGGCUUUUGGGAACAGCUCAUCCAUUAUGAAUUCAAGCUGUUUAGUAAGAACACCGUUCACAUGGUCGAUUCCCCGGUGGGUCUGAUUCCUGACAUCUAUGAGAAAGACGUCUGCUUGACGAUGCCCAUGUGAGAGGCCGUUCGAGGCCAGCCCCUGACCUCUGCUGCAGAUCCUGCCCCAACACUGAA